GCGCCAUUCCCAAGACACAUGCGGCGUGUCAGUUCAACUCGCGAGCAAAGAAAUUCAUCCGAGUCGAGCGAUUCAGUACCGCUAAGGUCUUGAAGCGCACCGAUGCGUGGGCCCCGAGUCGCGGUGCAACGACGGUGACAGGCGACUGUCGCUACACGCUGGACGACCGAUGCAAGAUAAUCAAGGGGCCCGCCGGUUGCCGUUCCAGCCAGGCCUGUCUCUGGUACGGCGGCUCCGUGCCUCUUGACUCGGCGGCCGCCGCGAAGCGCGUUAAGGGCGGAGGCGAGGUCGCCGCGCCGCUUCUCCCUCCGGAGUGCAUGGACCGCGCUCGCGCGAGCGGCAAGGACGAGCCAUCCGCCAUGGCUUACUGCUAUUUCCAGCCCGCGUCGUGCGCUGACGUGUACUCUCCCAUGGAUCGCGGCGCCAGGGGCGACGGCAAAUCCGACGACUCCGCCGCGUUUCUCGCCGCGUUCAACGCCGCGUGCGGCGCGGCGAAGAAGGCGAACAAGCGCACCGUACUCCGAAUCCCCCGCGGGAAAACCUUCCUCCUUAACUACGUCACCAUGCAAGGCCCAUGCGGCCCGGGAGUGACGAUCAAACUGGACGGGAAAAUCGUGGCGCCCGAGAACCCGCCCUCCUCAAAGUCCUGGCCGGGCGAUUUCAGCGGCGCGGUGCUGCAAGCGAGGCAGGCGCACGGGCUGUGGAUAGUGGGCGACGGGGAGAUGGACGGGCGAGGCGACCGGCGCUGGUGGCCCAUGUAUCACGGGAAUCAGCUCCCGAGGGAGCUGAAGCGGCCCGUGCUGCUGGACAUUUUCGCCAGCUACAGCGUGACUCUCGCGGGGUUCAAAAACAGGAACCCUGCGGGCAUGCACCUGAACAUCUUUCGCAGUGGGUUCGUGCGCGUGUCGAAUGUGACGGUGGAGUCGCCUGCUGACAGCCCCAACACGGACGGCAUUCACAUUGGCUCGUCCACUGAUGUGGUUGUGGAGUUCAGCAACAUUCACACGGGUGACGACAACAUCUCGAUAGAAGAAGGGGCGCAUAGAGUCACCAUCGCCAACAUAUGGGGCACGGCUGGCCACGGAAUCAGCAUCGGCAGCCUUGGAGCACAUGGCACAGUGGCGUGUGUUUCCGAUGUGACUGUACGCAACGUGGUUCUAACGGACACCGACAACGGACUCCGCAUCAAGACAUACCAGGGGGGCCGUGGUCUGGUGAAGAACAUUCAGUUCAAGAACGUGCUUAUGAAGAACAUCAAGCUUCCGAUAGUGAUUGAUCAGCUGCAACCCUCUUUUUCUUUUCUGCCUUGCCAGAGAUAUCCCUGCUUCUCGUCAAUCAACGGCUCCCUUCUCACCUCUCCCUUUCUUCACAUCCAUCUCCCUCCACCCCACCAGAACUACUGCGACCGCUCGACUCCUGGAGUGGUGUGCGAGAAGCAGACGGACAACGUUGCCGUGCAGGGGGUGAGCUUCAGCAACAUAGAAGCCACCACGACAUUCAAGCGAGGGCUGCUGCUCAACUGCAGCUACUCCGUGCCGUGCCGCGACAUCCACCUCUCCAACGUGCGCGUUACACCCGCAUCCAAGAGCGUGCAGAUCUCUCCGGUGAUUCGUAACGUGUACGGGAAAUUUGACAGCAAGACGAGGCCAGUCCCGACAGACCAGUUCCGCACUUCUGGGUUCAGCUUGAUGGCGUAUCCCCGUGUGAAUCAGAUGGCUUCACUUUGCUCUUUAUCGUCAAAGGGCAUGUGA